AUGGAAUGUAAACUUGGAAGGUAAUUCUAGAAUAUUUUGAUCAUAAGAUUCAGAUGGCAACUUAAUUCAGGAAUAAUCAAAUGUAUUUAUUUUAUUCUAUAAUUUUUAAGUACAUCUAUUUCUUUAAGAUGACAUGGACAUCCUUUAGGAUAAUUAUCAUCAAAACUAUGAUAUUUAGAAUAACCAUGAGGAGGAGCUUGAGUUAAUAAAAUUACAAACUUCUAAGAAUUUUUAUUAGACCAAGAUAAUCUAGUUUAUUCAUUCAAGCCAUCAAGAACAGCAUUUGGAUAAUCUGAUAUAGCAGUAGCUUUCUUAGGUUUAACAUCUCUAAGUUUUUAAAGCGAAAUAUCAGAAUCAAUAAAAUCACUUAAAAUUAAUGUAGGAGAUGAUAUUUCUUUAUGAGGAUGAUGAUCAUGAUAUAAAAUUAAAGCAAAUUAUAUUUUACCUAAACCAAAUCCAUCUUUGA